AUGAUCGGUGCGGAGCAUCUUCUUGUUUUUGUUUGUGCCGUUUUAUCGCCCAUCGUAGUCUUAUUCGUCACGUUGUUAUUUGUUUUCUCAUCAUUGAUCAACUUUUUUGGUUUGCGAAAGAAAUAUGUGCAAUCACUUUUAAAAAUUUUCAAGUGGAGUGCUAGGCAGAUUCAUAGUAGUGAAGGAUUGAGACAAGAUGGAAGUGAACGCGAAUUUAGCGAAUCGAACUCAGAUUGCGAUGAAGAAUUGAAUUCUGCCAAGUUAUCAAUGUUUUGUCGAAAACGGCGAGGUUCAGGAAUAAUUCAAAGAAGGCGUUCGCUUGAUUUAUAUGAAGAGGGAAAUGAAAUUAGAUUCGUACGCAGCAGAGGAUGGGCGACAGUUGAUGACAGUUUAGAAUUUGUUAAACAUGGCAUUGAAGUCAUCAUACAGGAUGAUGUUACUAAUCGUUUUGAAGCUGAACAACUUGCAACAUGGAAUAUGCUUACAAGAACCAGUAUAUCAUUUUAUCAGCAUAUAAAUUGGAAAGUAACGCUUUUAUGGGGUGCUGGAUUUUUAUUUCGAUAUCUAGUACUUUUACCAAUUCGGCUUAUUUUUUUAACUAGCGGCUUAAUUUUUAUGGUUGUUAGUACAGCUUUAAUUGGUUUUUUGACUGAUGGGCCGCUGAAAACUUGGUUGAAUAAAAACUGUAUGUUAUGUUGCUAUUUAAUUUUAUCAGGAAGUGUGACAGCUAUAAUUACAUUUCACAAUGAGCAAAAUAAACUUGCUGGAAGUGAUUUUGGACCAAUAAGGUCAAUUCCAGGAAUUUGUGUGGCCAAUCACACUUCACCAAUUGAUGUUGCCAUUUUGGGCAUUGACAAUGUUUACGCUUAUGUGGGCCAACGGCAUGGGGGUCUUUUGGGUUUUUUGCAACAUACGUUAAGUCAUGCCAGUUCACACGUUUGGUUUGAAAGAGACGAAGAAAGAGACCGAUUGUUUGUGGCGGCUAAGUUGAGAGACCAUGUCAACCAACCAGAUAAACUACCUAUCCUUAUCUUCCCUGAGGGUACUUGUAUUAACAACACAUCUGUUAUGAUGUUCAAAAAAGGCUCCUUUGAGGCAACUUCUGUCAUCUAUCCAAUUGCUAUAAAAUAUGAUCCACUAUUCGGUGACGCAUUUUGGAAUAGCAGUGAACAAAACUGGCUUGAAUAUGUAUUUCGAACUCUUACUUCUUGGGCUAUAAUAUGCGAUGUGUGGUAUCUGAAACCAAUGCACAAAUUGGCAAAUGAAAAUGCGGUUUCAUUUGCUAAUCGUGUUAAAAAGGAAAUCGCUGAAUGCAGUGGUUUAGUUGAUUUGGAGUGGGACGGAGGUUUAAAGAGAACCAGAGUUCCAGCAAAAAUGAUCAAUGAAAAUCAAAAAAAGUAA